UGCCGCCUUUCUGCUCCUUCCCUCCCUAACCCUCCCCUCGCCGUUCUUUCUCCGCCGUCACAACUGCGGCUGCGCACAUGGCAAUGGCUCUCUUUCCGCGCGCAGGGGUCUCGGGGGCGUGGCUAAGGCAGCUGCGCGCGGCCGAGUGGAUUGGUACUGAGGAGAAUCGUUGACGGAGGCGGUUGGGAGGGACGUCGCCUUUGAAGAAGAUGCUGGUUUCUUUGGUACUGUGUGGAAUCCUGCUAAUAGGAAGGUCUGAAGCUCAGGAUGAUGACUGGAUUGAUCCAACAGAUAUGCUGAAUUAUGAUGCCGCUUCGGGAACAAUGAGAAAGCCUUAUAAGGUAAAUAAAGAUGAUUCUGAAAAUACGAAAACAUCAACAGAGGCCGUGGCAAAAGUAAAUACGGUGGAUUUUUCCCAGUGCCAAAGGAAAUUGGAUUCUCUAAUUCUGAAGGUUGAGGAAUAUGAAAAGAAAAAUAAAGCCAAGUUAUAUGAAAGCAAUAGCAUCCAUGUUUUUAAGAGAUACUUGAAUAAGGUUUUAAACGAAGCUGGAAGAAUUGGUCUACCUGAUGAUAACUCCGGGGAUAUGCACUAUGAUGCUGAGAUUAUCCUUACUAAACAGACAUACAAUGAAAUUAACAGAUUCCUUAAUGAAGAGGGCUGGAAAUCAGCUGCUUUAGAUGAUGCACUUAGUGAUAUUCUGAUUAAUUUCAAACAUCAUGAUUACGAAGCCUGGAAAUGGAAGUUUGAGGAUUCAUUUGGAAUUGACCCAUACACUGCAUUCAUGGUUCUUCUGUGUUUAGUGUGCAUUGCUGUAAUUGUUGCUACAGAACUAUGGACUCACAUUGGUUGGUUUACCCAGCUGAAACGGGUUAUGUUCAUAAGUUUUCUCAUCAGCUUUGGAUGGAACUGGAUGUAUCUAUAUAAGAUAGCCUUUGCCCAGCAUCAAGCUGAAGUGGCUACAAUGGGCAAUUUUGAUGAAGUAUGUGCAGAGAAGAUCCAUUGGAGUGAUAGCAUUAUGGAAUGGCUUAGAAGUUCAUGGACCUUCCAGGAUGAUCCUUGUCAAAAGUAUUAUGAAACGCUGUUAGUAAAUCCUAUUUUACUCGUUCCUCCAACAAAGGCAUUGGCUGUUACGUUCACCAAUUUUGUAACAGAGCCAUUGAAGCACAUAGGGCAAGGCAUUGGCGAAUUUAUUCGAGCCCUCAUGAAAGAGAUCCCAGUGUUGCUACAGCUUCCCGUGCUGGUCAUUAUGGCAGGGGCAGUUUUGAUCUUUUGUUACGGAGCAGGGAGAUCGGUCACUGCACUAAGGCAAUUAAGUCAUCAGGAGAAGCAGCCACCGCCUGCAUUUCCCCCAUGGGAUGGACGACAGCAUGAAUCAGUUCAAUAUCCACUACCGAAUGGGGCAAAACACAGGGGUGGCUACUUGAUGGGAGACAGUGGCAGCAUUUCAAGAGGGCCUUAUGACAGAGGAGACGCUUCAGCAAACAGACAGCAGCCCACAAAAUCUGAAGAUUAUCACCAACGCAACAUUGAGGUUUUGCGGGCAGGUGAUAUGCCAGAUGACCCAACAGGGGAGCAUCCCAAGUUGGCAGUGAAAAGCAAUUUGUCUCCUGAAGAGCAUUCAGAAAAAGAACAAGAAAAGAAAAAUGAAGUCCACCCAACUCAACUGCAUGCUAAACCGAGUGAUGAGGCUCCUGAAAAAAUAGAGGGAAAAGACACAGAGAAAAGUCUAGAUGAAGGAAAAACUAGUGAAGUAGAGAAGUCUUGCCACACAGAAGAACCUGUAAAAGGCAACAGAGAUGAAACAAAGUGUAACGUUCCUGAGGACAAAAGCAUCAAAGAUCCUCUGUCAAAAAGUAUCAAGAGGAAAGGGAGUAGUUCGUGUGGCUUGGAAGAAGACCCAAAGACGAUAACAGAAAGUUUAAGCUUUACUGCUUGAAGACCCAGUGCCCUGGAAAUGAAGUUAAAACUUUUUAAAUCCUGCCCCCACUGGUAAGAAAUAGUAAAUCAAGAUCCAGUAGGACUAUUGCCAGAGCAUAAAUCACCUCCAAGGCACAAACAGUGGUGCUGGGGGAGGGCAGUUUUUCAUACCACAAAACCUUAAGGUGCAAAUCGUGUUUUUGUCUGACCUUUGGUGUAAAGCAAGAGUCCUCAAACUAUGGCCCACGGCCCAAAUCCAGCCCACCAAGGUCAUUUCACCCAGCCCCCACCCUAAACUUUGGACAUGCCGCUUCUGCCACCACCAUUUGCUUCUGCCUCCACUGACACUUAUUUCCCAUUUUACGGGUCCUGUGUCUGCUUGAAGAGGGAUGAUGGGCUGCACAGCCUUGAUAGAAGAAAGGCUGAGGGAGGUGUUUCAGCCCCUUUUCCUUCCCUGGGGCCUUCACUAUCACACAGGUAUCAGGCCACUUCCUCUCUCUGUCCAUCACAUUUGCCUACCCUGGCCUUUCUCCUCCUCUCAGAACAGUGCUGCGAGCUCGGAGAGCCAACAAAAAGAAAUUAAAAGGGGAGAGAAGGAAGAAAGGCAGAGACUGACCAUGGAGGUGGUCCCAUACACAGAAGAGCACUGCCUGUCCACCAGCUCCCAUCUCCUCCCAGAGCCACCAAGCAAGCAAGGCCUAGCGGCCAUGUGGGGUGUGCCACAUCUUCCUCUCCUUCUUUCUCUCCUUUUCCUUCCUCCUCUUUUUCCUCCCUCUUGUCAUCUACUUUCCACCCUUCCUCCCCACUUCCUCUCCUUCUUCCUCCUCUUCCCCACUCCUCCUUCCUGGCUUCAUCCAACGCCCAAGGUUUACCCCCAAGAGCACACGGCUGUGCAGAGACAUGAAAAUCAAAGAUUCCAAGAAACCUUGUAAGUAACCACCACAAGAUCUUGUUCAAGCCUUUCAGCACUGUAGAAUUAAUGUAGCUUGACCCAGCUUUAAUUACCCUAGUUCAAAGCUGUGGAAUACUGGGAGCUGUAGUUAUACAAAGUCUUUAGCCUUCUCUGCCCAUGAACUCUGGGCACUCUUGGGCACUCUUGCACAUCAAAUGAGGACUUUGCCAAAAAGUGUGCAGCCCCCUUGAAAAAGAGAGGAAAGGGAAAGGAAGGAAAAAGUGAGAGAGGAAAGCAAGGGGAAGAAGGAAAAAGGAGAAAAAGAAAGGGAGGAAAAGGGGAAGGAGAGAUGUAGGAGGGAGAAACAAAAUGAAAGGUAGUAAAAAGAGGGAAGUGAGGAGGGAGUAAAAGAAGAAAGGUAGCUGGGAAGCAGAAGGAAUUCAGAAAGCGUGGCUUUGGCUCUGAACAUACUGGAUUACUUCAGGCAAGUCACACUCUCUUGGCCUGAUGAAGACAAAGAGCAAAUCUCCUUUGAAUAAAUCUUGACAAGAAAACACUGUGAGAGGAUCGCCUUAAGCCUUCAACAACUUGAAAGCACAUAGCAACAGACUAUAGUUAGUCAAUCAAUCAAGGGACUGUUAACUUGCACUCUGUUUAAAAAUUAUGAGGAUCCCUGGUGUAAAAGCUUAGCAGUGUCAACAGAAACUGACUUUGUACCCUUCUCCUAAAUGCCUGUCCUUUUAUCUUUUUUUCACGUUUGGUAGACCUCUUGAAAAAACAUAGGAAUAAAAGAAUCCUUCAGAAGAUGAAUAGCCAAAGUAGACCAGAUCAACAAACCGUAAUCAAAAUAAUAAAUCAAGAGGAGUCCAAGUCAAGCUGUAAAAACAAAAGGAAAAGGAGGCCAAAAUGCAGGAACAAGACAAAGCCAAUCAGUUAGUCAAACUAUAGUGGCAAUAGAAGUUUUGUUGAUUUAUCAGAAUUCUGCUUCAAAGGCAAAAAAAAAACAACAACUGAGGGUUUAGGUGGCAUGUGAAGAGGCGGGACAUCAGGGCCUCCACCAGCAUGCUCAUGUAAGAGCAUUAAAGUUCCAGUGGAUGCACUGCACAGACACAAGUGACCCAUUUGUAUGAGUCAGAGAUCACAUAGAAAAGAAUAAGGUAUCUUCCAAGGAUGCAGGCUCCUAGGACCAGGAUGAUUUAAAUUGCUUCUGUAGGACCAAUUUUAUUUAUUUAAAUCACAGUUUGAAUUAUUAGUAAGAUUCAAUUUAAUCACAAUUUUUAGUAAAAGUAUUAGUAAUACAGUAUAACAAUCAUAUGCAAAGAUGUAAAUUUCAUCAUAAGACACAGUUAUUCUGGGUUUUUUUCAGAUUAAUCUUCAAUUAAUCCCUAACUGGGAUCCCUUGCAUUUAUAUUCAAAUUUAUUCCUUAUUCAGAUUUACUCCCUUUCCUCAAAUAUCCUAUUCAUUCAUUUUCUCUUAUAUUUGCACUCAGAAUUACAAGACAUAUUUGGAUGGAGCAAGUAUGUACUUUAUGGACACAACCGGUGAGACAAGACCAAAAAGGUUUUCGCCUAUCUUCAUAAAUGGCUGUUACAUAAUAUACUAUAAUAAGAAACUGUAUAAAUGUUUUUAAAAAAAAAACAGGUUAGGGCAGAGAUAACAAACUUAUGGCCCUCCAGCUGUUUGGGCCUCCAACUCCCAGAAGCCCCAGUAAGCUUAUCCAAUGGCCAGGAAUUCUGAGAGCUGAGGUCCCAUACUGGAUUAGGCCAAAUAUAUCAUAAAUGCCAAUUAUUUUAAGACUUUUGAAAUUCAGUUUAAAGUAAAUUGUUUGAUUUUUUUUAAAGGACACCGAUCUUUUAUCAAUUUCAUUUAGGAUUCUUCUCAUUGGUGAAUGCAACAUAGAUGGAUGGAGCAUGCUAUCUGUCAUCCAACUAAACCAGUAUAUUCAGUUUCCAUCAGUAUAUUUGGAUACGCAUAAAACAGACUUAAUAAGUAUGAAUAUUUAUUUUUCAAUUUUUUUAAAAAAAAGCAAUACUGUUCAUUUUAAAACAUUUCAUACUAUGCAAAAGAUUGAAAAACCUCAAGGCCAAUUCUACAGUUUUACUUGUUAAUUACACAAGUUCAACAGGAAAGCUUUCAUAAACUGAUGAUCAAAGUACCUGAAGCGCUACCACCAUAAAGAAACAAAGUACGUAAUAUAUUUACAGAAAGAGGAGGUGAAUGGAAAGUGAAA